AUGGCUAAACGCGUUGAAGAUCUUACGGAGGAGGAGCUACGCUUGGUAGAGGAGUAUGAAGACGGACCAUACGAUGGACCGGAGCAUCCAAGACACGAUUACCUGCUACCGUUUCCUAAAAUCAGACAUUUCAGUACUCCAAGUAUGGCGCCAAGUGAAAAUUUAGCUGCUUACCCAAAGAUCGAUGGGAAGAUAGACGAGAGAUCGAAGGACCUCAUAUCUUAUGAGGUGAUUAGAUUGACGGAGAGAGAGCUUCUCAAGACCUUUUCGAUUCCGGAGCUCCAGUCGGCCGGCUGCUUUGCAGAUGAUACGGCCCAGCCAAAUAAUCUACAGUUUCCAAUACAUCCCCUCUACCAAAAGAACAAUUGGCGACCAAGCGAAGAACUAACUAUGAUAGAUCACGAUAAUCACACUAAGGGAUCCUGGGAUGUGCAAAAUCCAAAUGUCUGGAGCGUGAUAGAACCAGCUUUACGUCUGGCCUCUGCCAUGUUAGACCUUACCCUGUCUUCAUCCUGGUUGAAUGGGCUUCUUGUUGGCGUGUGGGAAAAGGUCGGUGAGACAGACUUGUACCUUCUUCCUACGUUUCGUUACCCAGAACUCAUCAGAUAUGGUGCUUAUAUUUGGCGCCGUCGGAAAGCUCAGAGCAAACAAGAGACCAAGGAUGAAAACAUUAGACGGAUUAAUAUGGUGAAGGAUAGAAUCCGCCUGAAUUUUGGAUACGAUACCGCCAACCAUUUAGGGUACACAUCGAGUAUGCAAGACCCAGCUGAGGCGUUUAUAGUACGGAAAUAUAUGUCUUUACUGAAAACAACUAAUUCGUUGCAGACCAUGAGCUAUACGGUGUCAGUGCCACUAAUGGAUGACACACUUACGGUUGCUGAAAGGAAUGUACAGGAAGCAGCUUGGGCAUUUGUUGUAGGUCAAAAAAGCCAUCUUUUUGGGUCAAGAAUGAAAAAGGCUUACACUGGAAACUAGCUGGUGCACGAAACUAUGGUAAAAAGCCAUCCUAUAUUCUAUAAACAACUGUUAAUAUUACCCGCGAUCAUAGCAUGCUCUUGCAUGGACAAUCCAUGCAGUGCGUCCAGAUAUGAACCUCGUUAUCCCGAAAUCGGACUAUCCAACAAUCGGCAAUGCAAAGAACGUAAAUCGUAAGGAAAAUGGACGAUGGAUUUCGAUUGAGCCGGAGCCUGUACGUUAUCCUGGCUAUGAAGACCUUACACAGCGUACUAAUUAUUCUCUUCUUUCCUAGUUUUACGAAGAUGAAGAAAUAGCUGAAGUUGGUCAUUCAUGGGAAAAUAUGGUUUGUUCUCUCGUAUGGAACCAUUGAACUUUGAUAAUUAAGGAAGCAAUCAGAUUUACGGCGGUGGCCUGAACCCUAUUCAGGAGAACCUUUUCACGCCUUUUGUUCCGUGGUUGGGUUUUAUGUAUCGUUCUUGGCCCACUUCGCUUGAAUUUAAACGACAGAAUGACAUACUUCAAAGAGUUCGAAAAUUGAACGGUAUCGAAGAUCGGACCAGUACCUGGUAUCCCAUUCCAACUAAGUUCUCGGAAUGGCAGGGACAACAGGAAUUUUGGGACGUCCACGUGGGAGCACGAGGCGUAAAAGCACUGCAUCCUCCUCGUAUACUUGGAUUGUCGAUGGAUCAGUAUUCAGAUAACACAAGAAUCUAUGGACCAGAAGCUAAAUAUUGGGUACCCGACGAGGAUGUCCGUAAAGCUAGGGUACUCCCACCGCCCCCACUAUAUGCCAACGAGGCAGAGAAAUGGCUACAUAAAGAGCUCGCUAUGACAAGAGAAAACACAAUUAAGGCAACGUUGUGGCAGUAGGUAUUUUUCUAGUUGGCUCUUCCUCCAUGGGUUUAGGUUGGGAGACUUGUUUCUCCACAAACCCCCACUCCUACUUUGUGAAUCCGUCUUGAAAUCUUAUUUAAUGCUAAUUCAGAAUUCUUCCGCAGAGAGAAGGAAACACAACGGGUAAUUCAAGAUCGCUUAAAACACGUAUUUCAGAAGCAAAAGUUCGAUAGUGCUAUGGAAGCCUACCAGGAAUCUAAUUUCAGCAAGGCCCAUCAACUAGCUCUGGCCCUUGGUGUAACAGAUAUGCCAAAAUAUAACCUGCUAAGAGAUGUCCUCUUGUACUGUAUGUAUGAUCGCGCUGCCGAAGAGAAAUACCGAGAAAAGGCAAUUGAAUACGGCAAAAGAGCUAAAGAGGUGUUCUUUGAGUGGGUAGACCUUGACAAAAAAUGGGUAACUGGUCAACGUGAUGGACCAGAUCCGGAAAAAUACGUCAGGACCUACAAUCCCCGACUCGAUCCUUUGUACGGUAGGAUUUCGGAAAUCUUGGCCUUUUCGAAACAUGUGGAUAACAAAGAGUUAACUGGCCUUUUAAGGAACGAGGCAACUCACAAAAAAUGGGUAGUCACAAUAGGAAAGGCUGUCUGGCGGAUGGAUUAUCCAAGAAAGUUCAGUAGUGCGCUACGCGUACUUAGACUCCAGAGCCGACCGCCAGUAUUUGAGUUGGAUAAACCCAGCAAAAGCAGUCGAGUGGUAGGGGGUAGAAAUUAA